AUGCCUCCAAAGCCUCUCCCACGAGUUAUUCCCAAGGUUCAAUCCGGUGUGGCGGGCAAUCCCGCGGAUUAUGCUGGGCCCAUAUCACUUCGUGAUUCUUGCAAUGUCGAAGAUCCUUACUACGUCGGCCCUGAUGCAAAAGAACGUCUGUUGCAAGGCAGCAAAACUGACGAGCUGUUCUACCAGUACAUGGAUAACGACACUAGCGUUGCUCGUCCUGGAUUCAACAAAACUGGCCGUGAAAUCGAGUUGGUCACAAAUACCUACGAGGUCAAAAGCUUCCCGACUCGAGUAGUGUACCAGUACGAUGUCACCAUCGUUAGAGCUGGAAAUGAAAUCACCGCUGUAACCCCAACAGCCCGCAACCUUGUGUGGGCUUCCAGGGCUCGUACCGAAAAGUUCAAAAACAUCAUUUACGACGGGGCAAAACUGGCUUGGUCUUCCAUCAGCUAUGACGACCCAAGCGGCAUUUUUGUCCAAAUCGGCGACUACGGCAAAAAGGAGAUGGUUGGCGAUAGGACCAACGGCUUCCGCCUCAUGGUCCGCAAGUCAAAGGCCAUCAACCUGGAAGUCCUCGAGCAGUGGCUCCAGAAGAAGUGUGGUUUCGAUGAGAGCGUUCUCGAAGCUUUGAACUUCCUGGAUCAUCUCUUGCGUGAAUCUCCCUCUCGUGCUUACACUCCUAUCAAGCGGGCCUUUUACAGCGAGAAUGAAGUUGGUAGCAACCUCCACAACAACUUGAAUGUUCUCAAAGGUUAUUACCAGGCUCUUCGCCCUGUGAUCAAUGGCCGCCUUCUUGUCAAUGUCGACAGCGUGUUGUGUGUCUUUUGGCGAAAGGCCACCUUGGUUAGCCAUGCAGACACUUUCCUGAACAAACACGAUUGGGACAAGACAGCCAAGGCAUUGAGGCCUGUCCAAUCCGAGUACGGUUCGAGAGGCACCGAGGCCCACGAGUUCGUUUGGCAAAAGAUGAGACACCUUGAGGUGAAGCCCGUCUUUCCAGGAUGUACCGUCACGCGUUCUUUCAAGAUUUAUCGCAUUACGCACACCGACGCCAACACGGCCACCUUCGAUUACCAGGAUCCGGCUACCGGCGAGACCAAGGAAAUCUCUGUGAAGGAGUACUUCAAGCGGAAGUACAAUUAUCAACUUCACACCCCGACUCUGCCCGUUGUGGAAAUGACCAAGAAAGGUGUUUUGUAUCCCAUGGAGUGCGUCGAGAUUGCUGGUCUCCAGAAGUACAACCACAAGUUGGAUGAUCGCCAAACCGCGGACAUGCUCAAGCUUGCUGUCCGUAGACCUGAGAUCCGGUUUGGUGAUAUCGCCCAUGCGAAGACUAAACUCAAUCACUCCAAGGACCCCGUCUUGCAACACUUUGGAAUGGGUAUUAGCGACCAGCCCGUCAAAACCAAGGCGCGCCUCCUACAGUCCCCAACGAUCCAGUUUGGGAAUACAAAGGUUGAGCCGAUGACGCAGGGUCGCUGGGAUCUGCGGGGCAAGAAAUUUCUGGACACGAACCGCGUCCCCUUGACCUCUUGGGGCGUCGGUGUUUUCAAACAGGGAGGCCGGAACGCUUUGACGAAGACACAGGCAGAGACUUGGGCUGCCAAUUUCAAGAACCAGUACAUCGGCCAUGGUGGAAACGUCUCCAACAACCCUUUUGUCACGGAAGUUACUGGUGACACCGCCGAGGCUGUUCUUCGUCUGUUCAACGGGACUGGCAACCAUUUCAACAAACGCCCCCAGUUGUUGAUCUUUAUGGUUCCGAACAAGGACUCUUGGCCUUACACCCGGAUCAAGAAAUCUUGCGAUUGCCGGUUUGGUGUUCCCUCGCAGGUUGUCCAGUCAGCUCAGAUUUCAAAGAUGAACCCGCAGUACAUGUCCAACGUUGCGAUGAAAGUCAACGCCAAGUUGGGUGGCGUGACCUGCAGGGCUGUUUCCAAGAACUCUGACGCAAAUAUCCGCCCAUAUUCUAUGUUCAUUGGUGCCGAUGUUUCUCACGCUUCUCCUGGCAGUCUUGCACCAUCCUUGACUGCCAUUUCUGUCUCUGCUGACAAGAUUGGCGCCAAGUACAUGGGCAAGUGUGAAACGGGUCACCGCCGGGUCGAAAUCAUUGACGGGCAGAAUAUGAAAGAAAUGCUUAUUCCUCUAGUCGAUCAAUGGACCAGGACCGUCGGUCAAGGUAAUCGACCUCGAAAUGUUUACUACUUCCGAGAUGGUGUGUCCACUGGACAAUUUGCCCAGGUCCUCGAGCAGGAAGUGCCUGUUAUCAAAGACGUGAUCUUCCACGGCAGUGGUGAAAAGGCGCCUCCCAAGGUUACUGUGGUUAUUGCCAACAAGCGUCACCAUCUUCGCGCAGUUCCGGCCAAGACGGACAAACAAGCGGGUGAUAAGAAUGGCAACCCACUUCCUGGAACACUGAUCGAACGUGACGUGACCAGUCCGCAUGGAUGGGACUUUCUUCUUGUCUCGCACGUUGCUCUGCAGGGUACUUCCCAGCCGGUACACUACCAUGUGAUUCGUGACGAGAUUGGUCACAAGCCUGAACAACUGCAGAACAUGAUUUACAACCACUGUUAUCAGUAUGUUCGUUCGACGACCUCGGUGUCAUUGUUCCCGGCCAUUUACUACGCCCAUCUCAUUUCCAACCGUGCUCGUCCACAGGAGAAUGUUGAUGGCAAACAAACUCCGACAACUGGUCCUUAUGCCAAGCCAGUUACCCAUUCUUCGAAGUCGAAGUCUGGGCAAGUCGAUACUAGCGACGACGUUCCUCCUCGUCUUUUGCCAAUGAUCCAAAACGAGACUCGCAACCACCUAGAAAUGUGGUUCGUCUAG